AUGCAAGCGGCGCAGCCAGGAGCAGUGGCUUUCCCGCAAGGUGUGGUUCCGGGCGGAAUGCCUUCACAGCAAACGGACGAAAGAGAACAGCUUGGCCAGGCGUUUGUUGAUGCCUCGCAUACAGCGGCACCUGAACUCGGCAUGCAGGGGCAAUUCGCAGGCAUUGAGCAGAGUUUGUGGAACCAGAUCACGCAAUUGGUGGGGAGCGAAGCUGGGGAAAUGUUACGUGGCAGUCUGCUCCUCUCGCCGAACCAGGAAGCCGUGAGAAAGUUUCUGUUGGCCGGGGGGGUGGCUCAGACUCCGACGCAGCAGGGAGAGAUUCAGGGGGAUCAACCAAGCAUGCAAUGGCAGGCAGGUUGCGGAGCCCAAGAACCGCCGUCCGCGUUUCCGAUGCAGGACGUUCCGUUUGAGCCCUCGAGCGGAGCCGGAACCGGGAGCCAAGAGGCGUCUCUCAGCGCAUGGGAACUAGGAGGGCCGCCAACGGAUGCAGUGACGUCAGGAGAAGCGGUGACGUCAGAGAAGCAUCUCGAGCGCCAGAAUGCAUUCAGAAUUCCAUUCGGCGGGCACACCUUCGAUUCGGAAGCCGUUCCGCAACCCCUCCACCUUGAACCUCUCAGUCCCGACGGUCGGUCUCCUGAGAAUACCCAAGCAGUUAAGACUUUCCAAGAGGGACAACAGUGGGUAAACCUCCAAAGCGGUCAGGAAACCGUGCGCCAAGGAAUGGGUGGCCACUUUGCUAACGUGGCAAGCACUCAGGAUCCCAUCAACGUCCAAUCGAUGCCAAGCCCCAAGACUGCUUCGAAGGGCGACGCAACAUGCGGUCCGCAAGGGGAGGUGUCCCCUCUGGCUGCGCUGCUGCGCACCUUCAUCGCGACCGGCUUCGAGCGACAGCCCUCAGAGAGUGCGCCUCAGGGCGGUGCUUUCGGAUUUACUCCCCCGGCCCCUUCAAAGGGCUUCCCGGCGCAGACAUUUCCUGCGCAAAAGCAACCGGGGGGGCAGCCUUCUGUCCUCGGAGAAUUGGGAACGAAGCAAUCGGAAGAAGCGCGAAACAUGCCUCAGGAAAACAUUCUGCCCGAGCAAGUUUUAAGUGGGGUCUUUUCGGGUCAGCCGCUGCCGAAUCCAAACGGAGGUUUCCCGAGGGAUCCCUCUCAAGGGGGCAGCCAGCAAUACCAGCCGGGGCAGUUCUCCGGUUGGCAGUCUCUAGCCGGCCAGCCUCCCGGAGAACAGAAUGUGACGGGGGGUCGGCAAACGGUAGAGGCGCUCGGUGGGCAGGGUCCAACCGGUGGGCGAACACCGGUUGGUGGGCAGUUCUCGUUCGGUGGGCCGUUUUCGCGCGGUGGGGAGUUCCCGGGUAGUGAGCAGAUUCCAGUUGGACAAGAUGGGGAGAAGAGUCGUAUCGGCUUCCAGAACGACCAGCGUCAAAGCGGAAAUGUCGAGAACGCAGGCCUUCCAAGUGGGCACUUCUUGAGUGCUGGGAGUUCUGGUGGGCAGUUCGCCGGGGCGUAUCUGCAGGCAGGGGGUGCAACGUCUCAGGCCCCUUUUCCCGGCGGUUCAUCACCUUCCGGACAAAUUCCAAGAACUCCAGGAGCGUUUCCGAGCGGGCAACCUCCACAAAUUUUCAAUGAAGCGCCUCUGCAGACACCUUUCCCGCCCGCUUUUGCCGCGUCGAACCCGGAUACCCAAUUGGGGGGGCCGUUCACUCCGUCGCAACAACCCACUCCGCAGCGCGUUCCGGCCAGCGGACCAACGGAACUGUACCCCGCUCCAAAAGCUCCGACUCAGAUCGUUCACCAGCACUUUCAACCGGCACAAAGCGUCCCGGCGAAUCCAAACCUGCUGUCGCCGAUAAGCCUUCCCGCCGCACGGGGCCCUCUCCCGGAUAUGCGGCGCGGGCCCCUAUUCUCACAGAUGCAAGCCCCGCCUUUUUUCCCGGGUCAAGUAAAUCUUUACCCGGGUCAAGUUAAUCCCGCCGGACCCGCCGCCCAAGGUCCAAUUAGAGCCCAGUUCGCGUUCGCAACACCGUUCCAGAACGCCUUCCGGCCAAGCGGUUACCAAUCGGCGCAGUUUCCGGUGCCCGGUCCAAGCCCCCAGUUCUUUCCACGGGGCCAACGACCGGCAACUUUUCGCCGGCCAGCCUCUGUGCCCCCGAACGUUCCGUCGUUCCGCCCGGGGGAGCGCUUCCGUCCGUCCGGUCCGCUGCCGCCCCAGAAUGUGGCCUACCGAGGAACUACGUGGCGAAGUGACGGAUGGACUCCCAGGUUUGGUCCCCCGGGUGGAGGUUUCGGGAGAGGGGCCCCCAGGGGAGGAAGAGGGUGGCGCGGGGGUUCGCGCUUUCGAGUGCCUGAUAGAGGGAAUCAGCCCGAGCGCCCGGCGUACGGACCGCGUCCGCGGUAUGUACCGUACGUUCGCAGCGACGUCCUGCUGCGUCAGCGCAUGACCUUCGAGCACGUGCCCCGAAAACGUCAGCACGAGGAGGAGGAGGCGGCACGUGACGAGAAGCGCGCGCAUGCGCCUGACGAGAAGAACAAAGACGAAAUCUCGCUCGAGAGCAGCGCGGAAUCCGUGCAGAAAGAUAAGAACAGGGGCGGAAGCGCGGAAUCGGGUGUCGUCGAGAAGGCGAAAGACGAAGACCGCGAGAGAGAAGAGCCGGGGAAGCAAGAAGAACGGGGGGCGAGCGAAUUGCCCGGUAAAGAGGACCGGGUGGUUCCAAAGCGGACGCAUGUCAGGUUUUCGGAGGAGCAAGGGGGAGCGGAAACGGCGGAGGAGCAGAACGGAACGGCCGGAGAGGCGGAAGGAGAACCGGUGCAAAGUCCGGCGGUCGUGAAUGCUGUUCCUGGAAGGGGAGGACAUGAAACAGGAAAGAAAGCAGUGGCCUUCACGGAGAGAAGUGAGCUCACCAGAAACGGGCAGGAGCGGAACGCGGAUCCGACCGGAACCCGGAACGCGGGUUCCGGUCAGCGAGCGGAAGGAGCAUUACCUGGGGCGCCCCCCGUCCAGAAUGCUGUGUCGAACGCACUCCCAAGACCGAUGCAACCUCAAUUUCAAAAAGCAGCAAACAGGUAUAUGUCGCAACGGGGAAAAGUCGGUGUGGACGGAGCAGCAGCGGAUGCGCAUAUGCCGCAGCGAAACAAAGCGGCGGGAGCAGCCGUGACGUCGUAUACGGGUCAGGUUCUGGAAGCCGCGGCGCUUUUGGGUGCGAUUUGA